AUGGCAGACACGGAAGUAAACACACCGGCUCCCUUGAUCGCGGAAGAGGGCGAACAUACAUAUAAAUUCGGGAUUACGAUGACUUGUGGCGGGUGCUCGGGAGCCGUGGAUAGAGUGCUUAAGAGGUUGGAUGGAGUCCGCGCUUAUGAAGUAGAUCUUACCGGUCAAACGGCAACAGUAAUCGCAAAACCAGAAUUGGAUUAUGAGACUGUGUUGAGUAAGAUUGCGAAGACGGGGAAGAAAAUUAAUACGGCGGAGGCGGAUGGAGAGGUUAGGAGUGUGGAGGUUAAGGAGUAG